GUCACUUCCAGGUCCUGAUCAUGAAGGGAGCAUAGACACUACCAUAAUUGAUGGGGGCAGCAACUCACUGACAGGAUGCCGGCUUGUAGUAGCGGCCGCUGCGCUCUGCAGCCUGUCAUCAGGGGCUGUUGGCUGUUGUGCAGGGGCCAUUCAGUAUCUUUCCGCCCGCGGCCCUGUACUUCCCAGGCAGAGGUCAGCAGCAGCACGUCCUCCCCGGUGCUCCGCUUCGCCAAAUUAUCCGAGCAUGCCUGCACCCCCACCCGGGGCUCCUCCAUGGCAGCCGGCUACGAUCUGUACAGUGCGUACGACUAUGUAAUUGCUCCCCAAGAUAAAGCCAUAGUGAAAACAGACAUCCAAAUUUGUGUUCCCACUGGAUGCUAUGGUAGAGUUGCUCCACGAUCUGGUUUAGCUGCGAAACACUUCAUUGAUGUUGGAGCUGGUGUUAUUGAUGAGGACUACAGAGGAAAUGUUGGGGUUGUAUUAUUUAACUUUGGCAAAGAGGCAUUUGAAGUUAAGAAAGGUGACCGAGUAGCUCAGCUGAUAUGUGAAAAAAUUCUGUAUCCUGAUCUUGUGGAGGUUAAAACUUUAGAUGAGACAGAGCGAGGUGCUGGUGGAUUUGGCUCAACCGGUCAAAACUGAUUAUUUAGAAGACAUGUGAAAUAUGAAAUAUUAAGUCCAUAUCUGAUGGUUUCAGUUGUAGUGUUACAAACCAAUGGGGAAAGUAUCAAAGUUGACCAAAGGUGUUGGUUAGAUCACACUGUUGAAGUAAGCGUAUGGUUUUUUUGAGAUAUGUUUUGAUGGGUUUCUGUAUUUGAAUAAUAAAAUCUGAUAAUUUA